CAUCAGCCAUUCACCAGCAUGCUUGACUUUUCAUAUGACGCUGAUAUGCUAUUCUGGCUUUCGCCAAAUGUGGCACUGUGCAUUAUGGCCAAACAUCUCCACUUUGGUCUCGUCUCUUCAAAGGACAUUAUUCUAGAAGUCUUAUGGUUUGUUCAGAUUCAACUUUGCAAACCUAAGCUAUCCUGCCAUGUUUUUUAGAGAGAAGAGGCUUUCUUCUGUCAACCCUUCCAAACAUGCCAUACUUACUUGGUUCUCUGCAAUUUCCGAGGGAGGAUUGGUUUCUUUCUUGAAUGUCUUCCACUUGUGAAUAAUCUUUCUCACUGUGGAAUGAUGGACUUCAAAAAUUGUUCGGUAAUGGCGUAAUUACCCUUUCCAGUUUGAAGGCAGCAACAAUUGCUUCUGUAAGAUCAUUGCUGAUGUCUUUCCUCUUUGGCAUUGUUAACACACAUCUGAAAGCUCCAGACCAGCAAACGGCCAAAACAUUUGCUUUUAUAGAGGUGCUUACACUUGCUGAUGAUCAGUGAAUCAAAGGAAUAACACUUUGGGAUGCUGAGAUGCUGCAGAAGAAUAUUAAUGUAAGGCCACAGCCAAACACUGACUUCAAAAUUAUUGCCACAGAUUCAAGUGAAGACAAAGCCAAAGCUCUAAAUGUCUCUGCAUCUCUUGAAGCCAGCUUUCUGUGUGGAUUAGUCAGUGUGAAAGGAUCAGCAGACUAUUUAAAUAACAAGAAGUCAUCGAAACAUCAGUCUCGAGUCACCUUACAGUAUUAUACAACCUCACGCUUUGAGCAGUUGACUAUGGAGCAUCUUGGGGCAGGGAACGUAAAGCACUGCAAUGUAUUUCAGGAGAGCUCGGCCACACAUGUUGUUACAGCUCUACUGUAUGGAGCUCAAGCAUUCUUUAUUUUUGAUCGUGAGGUUUCGUCCAAUGAAAACCAUCAAAAAAUACAAGGUGACCUCCAAGCAUCGAUCAAAAAUAUACCUUUAAUAUCAGUAGAGGGUCAGGCAUCUUUAAAAAUGAAUGAAAUGGAACAAGAAAAAAUUGACAAGUUCAGCUGCACUUUUCAUGGAGAUUUUGCUCUGGAAAACAAUCCAGUCUCCUAUGUCGAUGCCAUCAAGGUGUACUCAGAGCUACCAAAAAUGUUGGGUGAACAUGGAGAGAAUGCUGUGCCCAUGACAGUGUGGCUUUACCCUCUGAGAAAACUAGAUUCAGCAGCCGCUCAGUUAGUCAGGGAGAUCAGUGUUAGCCUAUUACGACGUGCCCAACGGAUCAUGAAUGAACUGCAUAAUUGUGACAUUCAAUGUAAAGAUAUAAUGAGGGACAACACUGCCAUUCAAUUCCCUGAAAUUACAGCUAAGAUCAGUAAUUGUAAAGACCUCUGUUCAGAGUACAAAAUAGUUUUUCAGAAACAUCUCUGCAGGCUUCUUCCAUCCAUAAGGGGCGGAGGAAAAGAAGAACAGGAGCUUAUUGAUGCCCUGAAUGACAAAGAAAGAUCUCCAUUUAAGGGUGCUCUAAUAACCAAGUAUCUAAGUGAGCGAGAGCGAGAGAUGAAUGUUGUUAGAUCGUACAUUGACAUCAUGAAAGAUGUCCCUGUUCUUUCAUCCAGCAACGACUUGGAUAAAGUUGUCUUGAAAGCAUCCAAUAACUAUGUGAUCGCUUUUGCACUCACCUCCUUAAAUAAAAAGGAACCAUACCUCUCAGACUUGGAGAGUUACCUGAAGGCACAAUCCUGUAACAAUGGAGAGCAGAUAAGUUUUGAUCAAAACUCCUCAAAGAAGACGGAGAAAUGGUUUUCAUCAGGAGAUGCAACUACAUUGACCAGGGCAACCAUACAGGCCUUCCUAGAUUUUAAAGAAGCCAAUAAAGGAAGAAAGAACAUUGACUUCUGCAUUGCAUCAAUCCCAGAUGAACUCAGCACUGCCUCUUCAAUUCAUGUUUAUGAAAGAGGUAGACUCAUCAGUUCACAGUAUGAGCUUCCCUCAAAACCACCAAUGCCAGUUUGCUUGAGUGCUGAGCAUGACUGCAUACAUCUGCAAAUCAAACCUCCUGACCGUGGGGUUAGCUGUGUGGACUCGUACUGUAUUUCAUAUCAGUUUGCACAGAGCUCUGAAUGGACAGAUGUGGAUACUAAUGGGGUUUCUGAUCAAGUCACUGUCAAUCAGUUAAAACCACAUAAAGAAUAUUGUUUUACCUGCAAGGCUGUGUGUCGUCCAGGAGUAAGUCUGACAAGUGAAACAACAUCAUUCUUCAGGACUCGUCCAUGUGCUCCUCCUGGAGCACCUACAGUGAAAAAAGGAGAAUCUGAUUCAGCAACUGUAGUCUGGGAUGUUCCUUUAUCUGUGGGUGAGGAUGUUCUGGUCACUGGAUACGUGUUGGAGUUCAGAGAAUGCUCAAAGGAUCAUGAAAGUGAAAGGCCUUGGAAGUCUGUGAAAUCUACAAACAGGGAGUGCACUCUUCAGCCACUGAAAGAAGACACAAUUUACACAGUCAGAGUUUUUGCAAACUGUGGAAAUGAUGGAGAGAGUCUACCCAGUCCUGAAGCUUUGUUUUCGGCCAGUUUUAAGGUUAAAGAAUCAAAUAAGGAUGGGAGUGGGUUGUUCUUGAAUCAAUCUUUACGAAUAAAAAAGGGCAAUCCAUCAAUCCAAUCACUGAAGCUACACAAAAAAAUGGCAGAGAAUAUAAGUUUUAAUCAGUAUGUUUUUGGGAGAAAGGUGGAAGAUGUGAAAAACAAAGUAAUUCUUCUUGUGGGAUCAACAGGUGCAGGAAAAACCACGCUCAUCAAUGUGAUGGUCAAUUACAUACUAGGUGUAAAAUGGCAGGAUGCAUAUCGAUUCAAACUGAUCAAUGAAGUGACCAAUCGCACACAGGCCGAGAGUCAGACAUCUAUCGUCUCAUCUUUCGAGCUGUACAAUCAGCCUGGCUUUCAAAUUCCCUAUUCUCUCACAAUUGUAGACACACCAGGAUUUGGUGAUACAAGAGGAAUCGCACAUGAUAAACUUAUUACAGAGCAGGUCAAAAGCUUUCUUUGUAGCCCUUUGGGAAUCGAUCACAUUGAUGCCAUCUGCUUCGUUGUCCAAUCCUCUCUUUCCCGCCUGAGUGCCACCCAGAAGUACAUCUUUGACUCAGUUUUAUCCAUUUUUGGCAAAAAUGUUGUGGAGAACAUCAUCAUUUUGGUGACAUUUGCAGAUGGUAAAGACACCCCAGUUCUAGAAGCCAUCAAAGCAGCAGAUCUGCCCUGUCAAAAGAAUAAAAAGGGACAGCCCACCCAUUUCAAGUUCAACAAUUCAGCUGUGUAUGCAGACAAAAAUGUAGAAGAGCUGAAAACCUCUGACAAUGAUUCAGAUGAUGAUGAUGAUGAUGGAGGAGAUAAAUUGACUGAGCUCGUCUGGGACAAAACCUUUAAACAGAUGAAGGCUUUUUUCAAGACACUGGGGACCAUUGAAAGUAAAGAUCUGUCCAUGACUAUAAAGGUCUUAGAGGAACGAGAGCGCCUUGAGAAAGCCAUGACAAGUCUGACCCCUCAAAUAACUGCUGGUCUCUCCAAACUGAAUGAGAUCAAAAAAUUUAAGCAUUGUUUGGAAAAUGAGAGUGUGAACAUGGGAAAAAGUGUGAAUUUCGAACAAGAGGUAGAGGUGGUGAAAGCAAAAAGAACCCCUGUAAACUGUUUUACCAUGAACUGCAACAACUGCUUCUUCACAUGUCACUCCAACUGCUUCCUCCCUGAAGGAGACUCUGUGCAAACUUGUGCUGUGAUGGAGAAUGACCACUGCAAUAUCUGCCCUGAAAACUGCCAUCACUCUGCUCAUUCAAGGGAAAAUUUCAUGUGGACAUAUGAAACAAAAACAGAGACAAAAUCCAUUAAAGAGCUAAAAGACAACUUCAUGGAAGCUAAAGGAAAGUUCAUGGACACAAAGCAAAUACUUGAUGCACUUGAAAUGGAAUUCCUUGGGAUUGAGGAAAAACUAAUGAAGUUGAUCAGAUUGUCCUCUGAUUGCAUAAGAAGGCUAGAUGAAAUUGCACUGAAGCCCAAAUCUCUCUCCACAGCCGAAUAUCUAGAAAUCCUGAUAAAAACAGAGAAAGAGGAAAAAAGUCCUGGCUUUGAGGACCGCAUUGUUGGACUUGAGAACAUGAAACAAGAAACUCUUAUCCUGGAAAAGAUUGCUAAAGGGGAAAAUUUGCUUGAAAAAGAGCGGAAAAUCAUGGUGGAGAGAGAGAAGCGAAUGAAGACUGUCGCCCUGAAAGUUCUGAAAAUGAAGAAAGCUGUUAGCGCCUUAUAACUACUUAUAGCCUUCAUUCAUGGAUCGAACCUAAUCAAGAAAAGAGAACAUCAAGAAUACGGAAUUUAAGAGUAACUUUAGGCUGAUUUUUGUCCUUUUCAUGAUAAAGUAAAAUUUGUCAACGACAUACAUGUAUAUGUGCUUUUUUUUUUAUUAAAUGCUCUUUAAGUUACUUUGGAUAAAAGCAUCUGAAAAACAUACUGCAGGUAAAUGUAAAAUAAUUAAUUGUCUUUAGUUUGGUCUUCUGAAAUCAUGCAAACAUUUAAAUUCUGUAAUUUACUAAUUCGAUAAAAACACAAUUUAUGAUUUCAUGUUUUUCCUUCAAUUUGUAUUCGUAUUGCAUAAAACAUUUUGAAAUGAAGAAAUAUGGAUUUUUGUUAUGGUAGACAUUGUACUGUAUCACCACAAUGCUUGUCAGUACGUUAAUUUUUCACAAUUCCCUGACAAUUUACUACUGUUUAAAUUUAUAUGCAAUUGUUAUAAUUAAUGCUACAUAUGCCCUUUAAAAUGAUAAUGAUGAUUUUUGUUAUUAGUAAUAAUAUUGUUUUAAAAGAAAUGUUCUCAACUCUGUGAAUUGUACAAUUAAAACUGU